GGGGGAACGUCAGAAACGUCACUGUCUCAGGAAAGAGAAUAAUGGGAAGGGCGUGCGGAAGGCAAGCCGCCGUGAUCCUUUCGGUUAUACGUUGAAGUUUUAAAAGAAUCGGCUACUUCGUCUUUGAAAAGUACUGCUAAACUAAAGAAAUCGAAACCGAGAUAUUUACCACGACUUAAGUGCUUUUCUUUUUUAGAAUUCCCCAGAGCUGUGGAGUAACACGUUGCGAAAGCAUGUUCUUCUUGUGUAAUCUGGGUUAUGAAGACCAGAAGGAUUUCCAUUAUUAAGUCAAAAUGUACAGUCGUAUAAGUACUGAAUAACGGAAAGCUAUUUAAUGCCGGAAUUCCACAUUACACCGAAGGUCAUCUGUUCCUGCUGGUGGACAGUUUGUACUGACUGCCUGGUUUCUCGUGGCUACAUAUUUGAAACAAGACUCGUAUCCAACAAAGAGUCCUGUUGUGCCCAUGGAAAUUGAGAAGGAGGCAGAGGACAGAAAUGUUACUGAUUCUCACAGAUCCUUUCAGGAAUGUCACAGGGAUGUUCCUGAGAGCAGCACUGAUGUCACCACAAAAGCUGCAGAGAAGACUGAUGGUCAGGGCAGAAAGGAAGACCCACCCAAGGACAACAGACAGUCCCAGAAGCAAGGGAAGAAAUGGCAAAAUCCCUUCAUGCCACAGAAAGUAGCCAUGAGAAACAUGGUGCAAGAAAGGACAGCAAACCAUCCAAAAACUACAAAUGCUGACCAGAUCCACGUAGAGGUCAGCCGAGACCAAAUGACAGAGAACGUGAUUGAGGACGUUGAUGGCCUCAUGGAUUGGUGGGACACUGUGGAACACUGGAAGGACAUGCCUAUGCAAGCUGAUUUGUCUGAGAAGGAAAAGACCAAAGCGUUUGCAGUGACUGCAGAGAGGGUGAUGAAGGGCAUCCGCGUCUUCAACAAGCUGUUCAUGGAGUGGGCUGAGGGUCUUUGGCAGCAUGUCAUCGACCUCAACGCCAUUGCUGACGGCAUUGAUCGCUUCAACAAGAGGGCGAAGAUCGCCGCUAUUACAGGGGGCUCCACCAGUGCAGUAGGAGGGGUGACCACCAUUGCCGGGCUGGCCCUUGCUCCUGUCACCUUGGGGACGUCGCUGAUUGUGACCGCUGUGGGCCUUGGCGUGGCGACGGCCGGGGGCCUCACAUCUGCCUCCGCCGGCAUCUCGAACAGUGUAAACAACUCACUGGACCGCAAGAAAGUGGAGAGGAUCAUGGCGGACUAUCAGACCAAGAUGGGUGACAUCAGCAAGUGCCUGAAGUUCAUCAAGCAGGGAAUCGACAGCUUCCGCAAGUACGACGCGGUGAAGAUCAAGGAGCACGGAUGUAGCCAAGAAAUCCCCGAGCUGAGCAGCAUCUACAAGGAAGGUGCAAUGGCCGGAAAGGCCGUAGCCUGCAAUGCUGCUGAGAUCAUGCGUCUGACGCAGGCUGCCAACGUGGCGGGCAGCACUGCCGCCCGGGCCGUCCAGCUGGCCAGCAUGGCCACCGGUGUGCUGACUGGCCUCUUUGUAGCCAUGGAUAUAUACUUUGUGGCCAAGGACUCAUGUGAGCUCAAGAAAGGGGCCCGAUCUGAGUUUGCUGCCAAAAUCCGAGACGUGGCUGAGCAGCUGCACAGCGGCCUUGUGGAGCUCAACGGUAUCCGUGCGGAGCUGCAGGAGUUUAAUAGGUGUAGCUGAGAGUUACCGUGGUACCACCAUCUCCAUCUGAGCCUCCUGGAAGUAAAAAAAAAAGGCAAUCUUGAGGCUGAUUAGAGAACCGAUUAGAGAGGACAUGUUAAUACAUAUAGAGUAUACCACUUCCAAAGAUCAUUUUCAAAGGCUCAUCAAUAUUAUCAAACAUUUUUUGAGGCUAAACUAGAGAUCCUCAUUUGCAUAAGCUAGGAACAGUAUAGCGUUCCCAUGUUUACCGCUAGCUGCUUGAAGCUUGGGGUUAAUCAUUCCUGUGGUACUUCAUUGUUACUGUUGCCUUUCCUUACUGCGUUACAGUUGAAAGUCACCUUUAACAAACACGACUAAUAUUUAUUUGCUGCUCCUUAAAAUAAACUAUUAUUUGACUGCAAGCACUUGAAAAUAGAUUUUUAGAGUACCGCUACUUGUUUGUUAUUUUAAAAUGUAAAUAUUCAAGUCUUGAAGAUAACACAAUUCUAUCAUUAAUAUUGAGAGACACAAAUCUUUGGUUCUCCCGUCAAGACUGAAAUGGCAUGAAAUGGGUAAUUGAUGUGACACGUAGACUAGUAUUGGCAAGCAAAAUGACAAUGGGCAAGCUUAGUACCAAUGAGUCGAUCUGUAUAUCUUGUCAUGUAAAACUUUUGGGUUGAAUAUAGACAAAUGCUAAAAAUUCACAUAUUAAUUUACAUGCUAGAAAUACAGAGCAUUUUAUCAACAUUAUCGUUGUGACAUUGAACAGGUCUUCGCAUGGAAUUGCCCACAGACGCUUUUGAAGAGUCUGGAAUCUCUGGGAUCUGUUUAAUCUUGCUUCUUGGAAUGUAUGUACACCCAGAAAUCCUUACUUAGGUGACUGACACCUAAUGCUGGUAAAAUGUGUUUCAUCUCCAGGUGUUUUUGGGGGGGAAUGUUGGUUCUUAUCCCCGGCGUCAUGGUACUGUGUGCUAGAGACUUAUUUCUUGGUCUUUUGUCUUGCGUAGCUGGUGUGUUGACGGCUGGAUCUUCUUCUUUCAGGAUUGUUUUCGAUCUUCUUCUUUUGUCUUUUAGCUCCAUGUCAUGCUUCUUCCAUUGCUCUUCACUGAAGAUCUUGUCCUGGAGACAUCCAUCGGUUAGCACCCCCAACUCCCCAAUGGUAGCUCUUUCCUGCAGUAUGCUGUCAAAUCGUCUCAGGGACUGCAAACCAGAAAACCUGGUUUAACUGACCUGCCCUGGGUCUUUUGUUCUUGAUAGUUUGUGAGGUCAAUAAAUGUAUUUCGGCAGAA